AUGCAAGACCAUAUGGUGCUUCAAAGUGCUCCGCAACGAGCCAUUGUCUGGGGCUAUGGUGAUUUGAAUGCAUUUACAACAUUAAAAAUGAAUGGUCGUGUGUAUCAUACAAUGAGCGGUAGUAGUCCAGUUAAUUCAAUCGGGGAAAGCAUAUGGUCGGUAACAUUGGACGCCGAGAGUGAAGAAGGUCCGUUUGAAAUCUUGGUAACACAACCAUUGGCAAAUGGAACUCUUGGAAGCAUUGAGUUAAAGGACGUUUUAUUUGGCGAUGUUUGGGUGUGCUCUGGACAAUCGAAUAUGCAAUUUGCAGUCAUUGAUCUCGGACCAUUUAAUGCUAGUCAAGAAAUCGCUAACGCAAUCAACUAUCCAAAAAUUCGCCUUUUUACAGCUGCUUUAGUACCGUCUGAUAAUCCAAUAGAAGAGCUCUUGGGUAUAGCGCAAAACUGGGCUGUCGCAUCACCACAAAGUGUUGGAGGUCCAUCAUAUAAUUAUUUUAGUGCAACUUGUUGGCUGAAAUAG